UUUCAUAUCCUGAUUAGCCUAGAGGCCUGUGUGGCGUUACCCUCAGUGAAGGAUUUAUCGUUCCUUCCAGAGACCUCCUGUUCCCUGUUCCUCGAGUGAGCUAGUCCCAGUACCGUGACUCUUCUGGGGAUUCAGAUCUGAAUCUGUCCUUCAAAACUCGAGAUAAGCAGCAGCCCCGGGCAAGUAAAUGAGACAGAAUCCGUUUUGGAAUUUUGUUCCUUCCUUCUGGAAGUUUUGGUCUCCAAGGAAAAGUAAUGAGCUGCUAAGGUGUUUUAAUGAAAGAAAGGCUGUACAUGGAUGCUGUGCUAUUAUGAUCAUGUGUAUGGGUAAAAUGAAAGGGAGCGAUGCCUGCAUUUUGCGUUGGAAAUUUGCCAUCACCAAACUCAGCAGUUAUGAUGUCAUUAAACUCAACUUUUGUUUCAUACUCUGACUGAUCUUUCUUUCCUUCUCUCAACCAGUUAGAGCUGAAACCUCAAGGCCGAAUGCUAAUGAACGCAAGAUACUUUCUGGAAAUGAGUGACACAAAGGACAUGAGUGAAUUUGAAACUGAAGGCUUCUUUGCUCUGCACCACCGCCGGGGAGCCAUCAAACAGGCCAAAGUCCAUCAUGUCAAGUGCCACGAGUUCACCGCCACCUUUUUCCCACAGCCCACGUUUUGCUCUGUCUGCCAUGAGUUUGUCUGGGGUCUGAACAAACAGGGCUAUCAGUGCCGACAAUGUAAUGCAGCAAUUCACAAGAAGUGUAUCGAUAAAGUCAUAGCCAAGUGCACAGGAUCAGCUAUCAACAGCCGAGAAACCAUGUUCCACAAGGAGAGGUUCAAAAUUGACAUGCCGCACAGAUUUAAAGUCUACAAUUACAAAAGCCCAACCUUCUGUGAGCACUGUGGGACGCUGCUGUGGGGCCUGGCCAGGCAAGGACUGAAAUGUGAUGCAUGUGGCAUGAACGUACAUCACCGAUGCCAGACGAAGGUGGCCAACCUUUGUGGCAUAAACCAGAAGCUAAUGGCUGAAGCACUGGCAAUGAUUGAAAGCACCCAACAGGCUCGCUGCUUAAGAGAUUCUGAACACAUCUUCAGAGAAGGUCCCGUUGAAAUUGGUCCCCCAUGCUCCAUAAAAGGUGAAGCAAGUCUGCCCUAUGUAUCGGCACCGGGGAAACGAGAGCCUCAAGGGAUCUCCUGGGAGUCUCCCUUGGAUGGGGUGGAGAAAACCUGCCAUCGUCCAGAACCUGAGCUGAACACAGAAAGGCCAUCUCUACAGAUGAAAUUAAACAUCGAGGACUUUAUCUUGCACAAAAUGUUGGGGAAAGGCAGUUUUGGCAAGGUCUUCCUAGCUGAGUUCAAGAAAACCAAUCAGUUUUUUGCAAUAAAAGCCCUAAAGAAAGACGUGGUUUUGAUGGACGACGAUGUUGAGUGCACGAUGGUAGAGAAGAGAGUUCUCUCGUUGGCCUGGGAGCAUCCGUUCUUAACGCACAUGUUCUGUACAUUCCAGACCAAGGAAAACCUCUUUUUUGUGAUGGAGUAUCUCAACGGAGGAGACUUAAUGUACCACAUCCAAAGCUGCCACAAAUUUGACCUUUCCAGAGCAACGUUUUAUGCUGCUGAAAUCAUUCUCGGUCUGCAGUUCCUUCAUUCCAAAGGCAUCGUCUACAGGGAUCUGAAGCUAGAUAAUAUCCUGUUAGACAAAGAUGGACAUAUCAAAAUAGCAGACUUCGGGAUGUGCAAAGAGAACAUGUUGGGAAAUGCCAGGACAAACACCUUCUGUGGGACGCCUGACUACAUCGCCCCGGAGAUCUUGCUGGGUCAAAAGUACAACCAUUCUGUUGACUGGUGGUCCUUCGGUGUUCUCCUCUAUGAAAUGCUGAUCGGGCAGUCGCCUUUCCACGGACAAGAUGAGGAAGAACUCUUCCACUCCAUCCGCAUGGACAAUCCCUUUUACCCACGGUGGCUUGAGAAGGAGGCUAAGGACCUUUUGGUAAAGCUCUUUGUGAGGGAACCUGAAAGGAGGCUGGGAGUCAGGGGAGACAUCCGCCAGCACCCUUUGUUUCGAGAGAUCAACUGGGAAGAGCUUGAAAGAAAAGAGAUUGACCCACCAUUCAGGCCGAAAGUGAAAUCACCAUACGACUGCAGCAAUUUCGACAAGGAAUUCUUAAACGAGAAGCCCCGGCUGUCGUUCGCCGACCGGGCACUGAUCAACAGUAUGGACCAGAACAUGUUCCGGAACUUUUCCUUCAUUAACCCAGGGAUGGAGAAGCUGAUGUCCUCCUGAAGGGCCCCCCCAGGCAUGCGAGGGAACGCUCCUCCUUGCUGAGAACUGGUUCCAGCGACACCCCCUGGGCUCCUUCAUCACUUGGAGAAGAAAAGAAACACUCAACAAUGUAAAGGACGAGGCCUUGCAGCCCCUCACUGAUUUUGAAUCUGCCGCAGAAACCAACUCAGCCUCACUAAUGUCAGUGCCCUUGGUUUCUCUCCCAUCAUCUUUCACAGCCACUCUUGAAGUCAGGUCAUUACUAACCAUAGUUAUUUACUUGAAAGAUGGUUCUCUGCACUGUGAAAAAUUUGAGAACUUAAUUCUGCUCUAAAUUAUGGCUCUUCACUUGGGCGCCAACUGCUGAUCAAUGAACUACUUGAUGACUCGAGGAGCAAACAUCUCAAGACUGAAACAGCACGCUGCCUGGUGUAGUAUUGGAUUUCAUUCAGCUGCAGACAAGUAACCACUAACCCACUAUAUUCUGUGCACAACUGAGGACGUAUAAAUGUGGGGGUGGGGGGAGGGGGAGCCCUGAAUAGGUUUUUAUGGGAAUUCUUCACAAUAAACAUAGCUUGUAACUUGAGAUUUACAAAUCCAUUCAUUCUGAUGAGCAAUGCAAUUCAUAAGAAAGAGGAAAACGGGAAGUGGAAAGAGCUUGCGUCACUGAGAUGGAAGGUUUAAUAGAACACCUACUCUGGUUCUUGUGUCAACAUAGAUACUGAAUUUAGAGUCCAACAAAGAUAGAAUUGUGGUACUCCUGCCCAUAAAACCUUUCCAUCCAUCCGCUCUCAGUUGAUUUCCACAUCAGUGGCCGUCCCUCAUUGCCAUCCUCACAUUAAAACAAGAAAUGAAGUGCGCAAUUCUUCCGAGAGAAAAGGAAACCAAUCAGUAAUUGUACCAUUACUGAUGAUCUAAUGACUCGUAAGUCUCUCUUUAGGCAUCACUCAAGAUGAAAGGCCCAUGCAUGCUACUUUGUAGCAGUCAUUCUUGUUUAAUUGGAAUUCUAGCUAUACUUGUCAAGUAUCUUGUGCUGUGUGUAUAUUUUGAUAAAAUGUUGUGACUUAAUGACAAACAGGUGGAUAUGUCAAGAUGAAAUAAAAAAGAAAGUGGCAUUUUAAUAGUUUAAUUCCCUUCUUGUCUCCCUUCCCCCCAAGUACUUAGAUCUGUCGUGGUUUAUCAUCAAAAUGUACCUGGCACUGAGCUGAUGUUUUAAAUGUUGGGAAUCAUUAAAAAUCCCCAAAUGGGUGAGAAACUAAGAUAA